AUGCUCUCUCGUACUUUGCUCCGUAUCCAAGUCACUCGUCCUGGUGCUAUCUCUGUAGUCAACCGAACUUAUACCGCUGUACCCACCAUGCCAUCAUCAUCAUCCGUGCUGGGUAGGGAACAUCAAGCUCAAGACCAUAGUGGCCAUGCCCAAGAACACAAUCCUAUUCAGGCUCUCUAUAACAAGGAAAAUGAAUCUAUGUUUGCACACCAUGUGGACCAUCAUUUUGAUCAACAUAGUACCCAAGCUCCACGUUCACUUUCAGAUGAUAUUCAUGGCAGUAGUGACUCUUUCAGCCCUUCAUUCAACACCGUGUUUGACGAGUAA